AUGUCGGCAAGCGAUGCCCAUCAGCUCAUACAUAAGCUGCUCCUGCAAGCCUUGGCGAGGCGUUUGCCUCAAUCCAAGUGGCUCUCCCUGCUCCAUCAACUCAUACGACGCACUAGCACAGCACAGAAUGACAGCGACCAACAUGACCCCGCUUCGAUCCCGGCGGGCUCGCACGCAGCCGAGUGCCUUGUCAAGCACAUGCUCUCGCAACCCUUCGUCGAUCCACUGCUGGUUGAGUACUUGCAGGCACUCAUCUAUGGCAGCGCCAACCGCUCGGGUGUCUCGCCCGAUCAAGGACCUCUCACCGACGUCAUGACCGUCGCUCUUCACCUCCUCGCCAACGUCCAAGCAACACCCAACAACGUAUCGGCGAUCGAGACAAUAUCCUCCGUCGUUGGUCAGGGGCUUCUGAUGACCUUUCAAGCACCUGCGCCUUUUGGUGUUUCUAGUCCUACCUUCCUCGCUCUGCUGCAGCACUUGUUCGUGGAUUCCGCGGAAGACAAGGUCGAUCCGUCGAGCUCUCCAAAGCAGCACAAUCAGGAUGGGGUAAGGGACGGCAAGACCACCAUCGCAUCGCUUGCUUUUGUUGUCGCCAAUCUUCGACUACUUGGGCUUGCUGCCGACCCCAGCAUUGCAUCUCCGCAAAACUUGCUUGCUCCACGCGUCGCUAUCACCGUGCUCGUCAAUGUCGCCCAGGCUCUGCUCGCAAACGUUACACAAGCUUUGUCGGAGGCGCAAACAUCCAAAGAUCACAGGUCCAAGCCGGACGAUGUCCUUCUGCAGCGAAUGCGCUCUACCGGCAAGAGUUCUGUCGCCGAGAUCGAAGUCGUGCUCCAGUCCAUGGAUCCAGCGUGGAAGGACGAGAUUGCGCUCUUGCGCUCCCUCACCAGCCAAAUUGGCGUCAUCAAUCAGAUCAGCGAGAGCUUCUCCGAGGCAACCACCUCAAAGGUGCCUUUGCAUCCCGCCAAGAGGAAAGUCGAGACACUCCAAGACGCUCAGCAGAGAGCGACGUGGGACCAUUUCCUAGACACGACAACCCUCGCAUCAUCUCAAAAGCCAGCCGUGGAACCCGAGGUGGCCUUUCUAAUGCAUUUGCUCGUCGAUCGACACGCAUCUUGGGACGCAAAGUUGAAUGCCGUCAAGAAGCUCUUCCUUGCGCGUCGAAACGCCGCUCCACCGUCAUCGACACUCGAAAAGUCGCUCACCGCUUUCUACUUUGAGCUGCUCAUCGCGGGCAUCGAUGCUUGCGCCACCGUCGUCGAGACGCCACCGGCGUUCAAGGGUGCAGAGGUGUAUGCCGCCAUCUGGAGGAACGCCCUCUGCGGAAUGAUUCCCGAACUCGUCCUCCAGCUCGAGCAGUGGCUCGACGGCGACCAAAACUUGCCGUUGCGGGGACAAAGGCUCGAGGCACCGCACGUUCGCCUCGAAGCUGCAUUGCGAGCUGCUUUGCUCGUCAUGGCGAACCGUUUAAACACGUGCGAGAGUGCUACUGGACAGGCACAUGCACAUGCUAGUGCUGCUCUUGCAAGCGGUGGCGAUGCGCCAGGAGUCGACGCGAAUGCGAUGACAGAUGUCCUCGGGCUGGAUACGCCGCCCUCACAACCUAUCAAGGCCUGGCUAUUGCGAGCGUGCAUCGAGCACUCGCUGGCUCGACCAGAAGCGAUCGCAGACGAGUUUCCGGACGGACACAAGCUCGCCUCCGAGGUACAGAGUUUGACGCAAUCGCUCCGAAUGGAUGCACAGCUCGAAGGACUCGCGCUCGACACGCUUUUCGAGACAAGGGUCUCUACAGACGACCCAGUGGAACUGCUGCAAAGGGUUGCAUCGGACCCGGGCACCCAGUUUAUCUUCGCGCGCCAGCUUGUUCUGCAAAUGCAGGACUGGCUUGAGCAGCAUGAUCUCGAAAGCAUCGCAAGGUGGUCCAAAGCCUUGACUGAGGAAGCCUGCCAAGGCGGUGCGAUGCUGGAUACCGUCAUGAUCUACAUUGAACCUGUUCAAUUGCUAGAUCCACUAGCGAGCAUCUUGGACCACCAAGACCUCGGUCAGACCAGCGACGAGCCGUCUACCCUAUCCAAUAUUCUGCUGUUCGUGCAGUUGCUUUGCUAUCGAUACACCAUCGCGCCUUCUGACAUCUCGCGCUAUACGUCGCCGAAUUCCGACAUGAACAUGGACGACACCUACGCUCCAUCAGACAAGUCCGGAUCGCCAUUCCUGGCGACGCAUCUCGCAACAUCGUCGGUCAGCUACCCUCUCACCGCGCUCUCUGAGGAAGACCGAGGCCUCGUCUCCCGCUGGGUCCAUGCACUUUUCGGCAACGAAGGUAUCUCGGACGAUCUCAUCUCGGCUUCGCCUCCAACGACUCUUCUCCGGCUGUCUCCGCUCCUCUUCUCGCAGAGCAUCUCUGCCUGUCAGCACGGCAUCAUCGACCUGGAAACGCUUCGUGGCGGACUCAGCUACUUUCUCCAAGAUCUUCUCUCGUUCGCUCUUCCAGGUGCGCUCAUCUGGCUGCUGUCCGAGAUCACGCGGACGCCGCUCCAGCCGAUUCUUGACUUCUUGUCGGAUUCCGGACUGCAAUCGUCGGUGGCGGACGUGCCGAGCAGCGAUGGAACGCUGGCGAAUGGACUGCCGAGAAACGCUACGUCGAGGACGGUGUGUUUGGAAGUGCUGGCGUUGCUCGUGGACACCGAUGCCUGUCCGGCGAGUGUGAGGGAGUUGAUUGCAAAGGCUUUCGAUGGAUUCGUCACCGCGAUCGGGGCGGAUGCAACGGCAGCAGCGACGUUGGCUGCUGGGUGCGAAACUUUCAACCUGGCGAAUCUCAAGGCGAGAAUGGAAGGCGCGGGGAUCACAGCGGAGUUGCUGAGCAAAAGUGAAGGGUCCUGGUUGAAGUCGCUUGUUGGUCAGCAGGAUUCCAAGCUUGUGUCGAUGGUUGCCAGGUGUUCGUCCAAUAGGCUGGAUCGGAUCGUUGGUGCGCUGUCGAGGGGGGAGAUCGGACAGAGGGGAAGAGAUCAAAAGGCUUUGGCUGCUUGGCUGUGCCUCGUAUCGCCUGCUACUGAUCUCAUCGCCCCGCUCAGGUUCGUACAGAAGCUGGAUUUGCGCGAAGUGGAAGAGGGUGCCAUCAAGAAUGUCGUCCGCAGCAUCGGGUUGAUGCUAGGUUUAAUCGGGGCAUCCGAGGCUCCACGAGGAGCUGGCGACGAUACCUUGGCAAAGCGGAUCCUUUCGCUCGCCAAGACCGACGCCCCCAACGGAAUGGCCAGCAAGGCUCCUGCUGCCUCUACGAGCCACGCCGGCGAAGCAGACCUGUUCGACGACGAACCGUCGACUCCUCCUCUACCCACGCCUCGCGCUACCGAAGCAUCAGCGGACGCAGGCUCAGAUGCCGCCCUCGUCGCUUCGAUCGUCACGUCAACAUCGCUGCUAGCGAGCAGGCGGAUGAAUGUCACUUCGAGACAGAUUCUGGACAUGCUGGCGUUGAAGUUGAUCAGGUUCAGAAGCGCAUUACUGACCAGGAAGGGCACGACGGCGGGAGCAGGGAAGUGGGACUUGUGGUUGGAUGCGAUCGCGGAUCAUCUUGAGGAUGGGCUGACGGGAUCAGUGAAUAUCAGGGAGGGGGCGGAAGGGGAUGCAGGAGAGGCGAAUGCGAGCGUUGAUGGUCUGAAGGCAUUGUUGUCGGCGAUGCAGUGA